GUGGAGGGACUCGAGUUUACUCGCAACACAUGUGUUGGACGAAUCAGUUGUAGGAGGUGCGAGUGUAAAGUGUCAUCGUGAGGGAGUGUAGUGUCAGCUGUGUACAAGUGUUAGAAACAUUGAAACGAGUUGUGACGGAUUAUUCUGCCGUCAAUACAACACAGAUACUAGGAAAUCUCUGUAGAAAAUGAGUGCAACAUCCUGGGUAACAUUAGCCACAAAUGACUCAUAUGCCUUGGGAGCACUUGUUUUGGGACAUUCUCUCCGGAAUGUUGGCACAAUUCAUCAACUGACAGUCCUUGUUACACAUGGUGUUACAAAACCGAUGAGGGCUCAGUUGUCAACUGUGUUCAACAAUGUGAAAGAAGUAAAUGUUUUGGAUUCUCAGGACAAAGCCAAUUUGGCUUUGUUGGCAAGACCAGAUCUUGGCAUUACAUUCACCAAGCUGCAUUGUUGGCGUUUAACAGAGUUUUCAAAAGCUGUAUUCUUGGAUGCCGAUACUCUGGUUCUAAAGAACUGUGAUGAGCUAUUUGAGAGAGAAGAAUUCUCUGCCGCCCCAGAUGCAGGGUGGCCCGAUUGCUUUAACUCUGGUGUGUUUGUGUUCAAGCCUUCAGAGGAAACGUACCAGUCACUCGUCCAGUUUGCUGUGACACAUGGAAGUUUUGAUGGUGGGGACCAAGGACUUCUCAAUUCAUACUUUUCUGAUUGGUCAACAAAAGACAUUAGUCGCCAUUUGCCUUUCAUUUACAAUAUGGUUUCUUCAGCAUUUUAUUCUUACCUCCCAGCUCUGAAACAGUAUGGUGACAAAGUUAAAAUAGUUCAUUUCAUUGGUACAUGCAAACCCUGGAUGCAGUACUUUGACUCUGAGACAAAGAGAGUAAAAGCACCACCAAAUUCCGAACACUUGCAGCCACUUCUUCAAUUAUGGUGGGACAUAUUUUGUAGUCGGGUGCAUUCUGGCCUGAGUACGGACAUGAAACAUCGAAGUUCUUAUGUGGCACCGCUUACUGCACAUUCUACUGCACGUACUGAUGUACAUCCUGCACGUGUAACAGCUGAUAAAAACUUUGCAUCCAAUUUCUCUAAUAAACAGAACUCUAAUCUUGCUGAAACUGUGUACAGUAGCCCCGAUGUGAGUAGCUAUUUCACUGAUCCAUGGGAAGAGCACAAUGAAACAUGUCAUCCAGAACACUCCAGUGAUGCAAAACAUGUGGAAAGUCAGGAACACUAUAAUAACAGUUGUAUAAAAUCAUUGCCUGCUUUUGCACCUUCAGUUGUGGAAGAUAAAACCAUUAGCAUAGUAUAUGAAACUGAGAAAGGUGUUUCUUCCCCAGAAAGUGAAAUUACAGCUUGUAGUUCAGUCCAUUUAGACUGUGAUAAAGAUUCUGAAGUUAAAAGUACUGAUGCCAUCAAUAAAGCAUUGCAUGAUGACAACAUUUAUUGGCAGCAGAAUUUAGAAUCUUCUGAAGAUAGGUCAACAUUAUUACCUGUGGUAGUAGAUUGUAUUAUUGAGGAUGAAGUUCAGCAUAACUGUUUUCAUCAGUCUGGAACUGGUUCUGAAGAUGUCUCACGGACUGAAAGCACUUCUGAAGACAAGCAUUUGGACGAGACUCAAAACAGUGAAUUAAGUGUACCGGUCAUAGAGAACAAUGACAGCAAGCAAGUGUCCCAAUUUCCUAAUACUACACAAGCCUUAAACUUCCCUAAUCCUCUUAACACUGGCCAGAUAAAUGAGGUCCACAGUGAUCAUAAUGUGGAUAGUAGUAUAGAGAGUGAAUGUGACUAUAUCAAUACUGGACCUGCAGCAGACAGAGUACAGCAAAUAACUGAAGCUGGCCUUGCUGGAGCAUUUGCACAGCUGACACUGGGAGCACCUCGAACAGCAGCUCAAAUCGCAUAUGAUGAACAUGUGCGCCGGCAGGCAUGGGAAGAAGGCAGAUUUGAUUACAUGGGUGCUGAUGCCUUUGACAAUAUAUGGCAGAGGAUAAGUGAAACAUUGGCUACAAAGCCUGAAAGUAAAGAAGAAGAACACCAGGAAGUUGUACCACCAGCACAACAAGAACAACAUGGUCCCCCUGUGCCUCCUGAGACACUGAGCGAAACUUCCACAAUCACUCCAACAGCAGCUGUGACUAGUGCUCAAGCACCAUCAGUUCAGUUUUCACUAAGUGCAGAAAUGGCUGCUGGCUCUCCCCUUGGUGCCACUGUUCCUGCAGUUCCAGGAUCUCCAACUCCUGCUAUUCCUACAGUGCCUUCUGUAGCAGAAGCUACCCCCCCUCCAGCAUCACCUGUUCUUCAGGCAGUGAUAGCUCCUGACAAUAAAGACCUUUCCACAAAGGAAUCUUUGACAACAACACCAGCAAAAUCACCUUCUGUGGCAAUGGCCCCCCAACCUGAUCUUGCACCAGUGCAGCAGGUCGAAGAAUUGUCUCCUCUUACACCAACAUCUCCUACAGCUCCCACUGCAGAGCCAGUGGGCCCGGAACUCCUUCCUUCAGAGGCAAAGCAAACUAUAUUGCCAACUCCAGCACAACCAUUGGCCGCAAAGCCACCAGCUGAAGUAAGUGCCACACAAGGAAGCCAGUUUGUUCCUGCAACAGUAGAGCCCACUGUGCAUCCUACAGAACCUCAGCCAACUAUCACUCAGCCACAAACUGCUCCACCACCUGUUACACCUCCAACAAGUCCCCCAGUUGCCCCUCUACCAGCAUCUGUGAGUGGUGCACCACCUCAAGAUAAAGUACUUUCUUCUACACCACCUGCAGCUUCACCCAUGCCAACAGCUCCAGCUCCAACUCCACCAGAGCAAGUCAUAACCAAGCAACCUCCAAUGCCAGCAGUUGAAGCAACCCUUGCAGUUGCAACACCACCUCUGACUCCACCUGUUCCUACAGCUCCAGCUCCACCACAGCAAGUCAUAGCUCAAAAACCUCCAGCACAGGUGGUUGGAGCAGCCCCUACAGCUGGAACACAACCUCCAGCUUCAACUGUUCCGACAGCUCCAACUCCGCUUGAACAAGUUAUGACUGAGAAACUUCCAGAACCAGUGGUUGGAGCAGCCCCUACAGCCGGAACACAACCUACAACUUCACCUGUUCCAAAAACUCCAACUCCACCAGAGCAAGUCCUAACUCAAAAACCCUCAGCACCAGUGCCUGAAGCAGUCCUUGAAGCAGCAGUCCCUACAGAAGUACCCCAACUUACUGAAAAGUCAUCAGUUCCUGCAGUCCCUCAAACAGAGACAACAAAGUCUGCCCCAGCACCAGCUGUCCCAGUAGCUGUAAGUCCACAAACUCCAGUGACACCAACUCCGAUACAGCCUUCCCCAGUAACAUCACCUCCAGCAGCAGGAGCUGUGCCACCAUCAGUUCCUACAGAACCAGUUGUAGGUGCACACAUUCCAUCACCACCAAUUCCACCAACUACAACAGUGCCCUCUACACCAUUACCAAUUUCUGCUCCAACUGCAGCAGCAGAAAAACCAGCUGAAUUGCCCCCUCUGGCAUCUCCUCCAUCUUCUCCCAUUGAUACUCUGACAAGACCAAUGUCCACUGCUCUGGUAUCUGUACCAAAAAUAAAACAGAAAGCACCAACAAAAACGCCAGAGCCACCAAAACCUCCUAUUCCAAUGCCAGCUCCAGAAUCGCCAUCUACAGUGCAACCCCCAUCAGCAUCCCCUGUGGUCUCUCCUGUGACAGAGCAGCAGAUUCCAAAACCUGCUACUGCUGCUGCUGCUGCUACUAUCACUACUACUACUACUACUACUACUACUACUGCCACUAGUGCUACCACUACUCCAGAAUUAAAGGGAGCUAAAGCUGAAGAAUCACCUGAGAAAAGUGAAAAGAAAUCUGGAAAACAGCAGACAACAAUGAAACAAGAGAAAGACUCAGGUAAUUUAGAAAAGCUACCUACAACUCAGACAGCAGAAACAGACAGCAAGACAACUAAGAAAGUGAAAGACACUGAACAAGGCACAGACAGUCAAGCUGCACAUGAAAAAUCCACUGCCAAAACCACCUCAAAACAGGCAAAGCAGACAAAGCCUAAGGCACCAGACACUCCUACAAAGUCUGAAACUGCACCUGUUAAACCUGGUGAUGUGGCAACACCAACACCAGCCAAACCAGCUGCUGCACCUGCAACUGAAUCUGUAUCACCAGAAGCUGAAGCAGCACCCUCAGUCACGAAACCAAAAACUAAAGCUGUUAAAAAGAUAGCAAAGGAAGGUGCUACAAAAGAAACAACGCAGCAGGAUUCAUCUUCAAAGACUGUUUCACCUCCCUUAUCUCCUACUGCAAGCUUGGUUCCACAAUCCCCUGAUGUGGGUAAGACAGCACCAGCUAAGACAUCUGAGAAAGAUCAGUCAGCUGGAAAGGAAGCAGCUUCUGCUAAGGUAGCAACUCCCAAGCCUCAAGCACCUGCUGAGAAAAGUCCGACAGUUCCAGUGAAGGAAUCAGCAGGAGCAGAAGCAGCUCCACCUGCAGCUACAGCUUCCACAGAGCAGGCAUCACCUGCUCCAGUGCCUCCAAAACGAAAAGCAGCAAAGGCUGCAGCUUCUGGUGAAGGUGCUAGCAAGCCACAACCUAAACCUGCAAAACCUACUUCAAAACCUAAAAAGUAACACAAUAAGACAUUUUCCAUUGCUUAUUUGCACUCAGGAAUUUUUCCUUUUAAGCUGCAUAACAUUUGGCUGGAGAUUUUUUUAAAUAUUUUAUACUCUAUCUUUAUCAGUCUACCAGUUUGCUUGUUCGUAAUCAAAAUAAGAUGAACUAAUAGGAGAUGUAAUGCUCUACUUACAUGCAUUUUGCACAGCUUUAUCAAAAAUCUUCCAUUGUGCAUGAUUUAUUUUGGACAAAACACUACAGCUUUCUAAAAUUUAUGCUGUACAUAUUUUACAUUUUCAAUUUUUUAAAACUCUAACUAAAAGUUUAACUUGCACCCAUUUCGACACAAGAUUAUGUAACAUAGCAACAUUAUCAAACAACAUUCAAAAUUUGUAUACUAAUUUUUAUGAGUAUUAAUUGAAUAUUAAUGUAGAUUAAUUGCAUUUUCAGGUCUGUGCAUAGCCUUGUAAAUUUUCAUAUGUUUUAUGAGUGAACAUUGAACUAAACCUUGGAGUUUGAAUGUAUGUGCCAAACUGAGUGGACCCCAGUGUGUAUCUUUUAUGCUAUUCAGUCCCUUACAUUUUCCAUUCAGAUUUCUUUGUGUAUCAGAACAUUACAUAAAAGGACAAAGUAUGUGAUGUAUAAGAGCCAUGAAAGUAAAAUAAAAGAACAGACAUUAAUAAUAAAAGAAAAAGCUGUUCAUCUUUGAACAGAGAAAACAGGGUUGUAGUUUCAGUUUGUAGUGCUGUCUGCAUAAUAAAUGUUACAAAUUCUACCUUCUUUGUUAUUUCCUGUGUAUGAAAAUGUGUUUCAAUUGUAACAGUAUAUUGUAAUUUAAAUGUGAAAUUAAAAACUGAUGUUCUGUGUU